CCCAUAGUCCUCAACAGGGCUUAAGAAUCGCACAGAGUGAAUCCUGUGAGUAGCGCAAUGCAUCACAAUAUCGUGUGCGCUACACGCACACGAACGAACGACGAACAGUUCACAAGUUCUCAAAUACAAAUGAGUUUACCACUGUCCGUUUAAUGUGCGCUCAAAUACUCACAGCAGACAAAAUAAACAUGUUUGUGCCUGUAUUUCGGCUAUGUUGAACAUACUACUACUUCUUCUUCUUAUCAUUUUUUUCUCGACCGAACGAAGAUCCGCACAAAGCAGAGGAGAAGUAAGUGAGCAGUGUGCGCACACAACUCAGUUGUUAUGAGAAGACCAUCGCACACGAGCGCUGUGGCUCUCACUGAAACGAGUUGUACUGUAAACUGAAUGUGCGAUUCUUAAGCCCUGGUCCUCAACAUGAUACUUUUUCAAAUAUUGUUUGUCAGUUUGCGUGCAUUGUCAGUUUGCGUGCCAGUGUAUGUUUAUUCCUGCAUUGCAUGUGGCAACCGAAACUGGUUACGAAACGCAAAGGCAUACGUAGCGAUCAGUUAUAACACGUUGCGUCAAGUCCUAUGCCAAUCGACAUAUCCGUCGAUGGUAUCACGUUUGUGUUCUUUGCGUUAUGUCAGUUGAACACUUGUUGCCAUUGGCAACUGCAGCACUUUCGGUGAAUUCCAAUUUUAUUAAAAAAUAAAUGAAAAAAACUCCGUUUUUUCUCGAUAAAUAUCGAUAUCAAAAUGCCCGUGUUUGAUAUAAAUGAUGUUUCGGUGAAAUUUCCAUUUGAACCGUAUCCAGUUCAGCGUGAAUAUAUGAAAAAAGUGAUUGAAACGUUGGACAGCGGACACAAUGCUUUCUUGGAGUCUCCAACUGGUACUGGUAAAACUCUUAGUUUGCUAUGUUCUGUACUUGGUUGGGUUGAAGAGUUAAAGGAAAAGAAAAAAAGAAAUGUCAAGAAAGACAAUCAGUCUGGCGCCAUGGGUGACAUAAAGUCAGAAAGCAACGCUCAUGAUUUUACGCACGAUGUUUUCAGGCGAAAUUACAUUUCACCAUUUUUUCCACAAGUGAUCUAUUCAUCUCGAACACAUUCGCAACUAUCACAAGCAAUGAAUGAACUCAAACAGACGGAAUACAGUUACAUGAAGGCUGGCAUAGUUGCAUCACGUGAUCAACUUUGUAUUAACGAGGAGUUGAAGUGUAAGUCAAAUGCAGACAAAACGUAUAUCUGCCAAUCAUUUACAAAGUCGCCGAAAAAACUUGAAGAAGAAAUAGAAGAGGAUGAGAAGAAAAAAAGCAUGAGAUGCAAAUACUUCACAAAUGUAGUUGCUGGCAUCGAACAUUUGGAAAUGAGCAAAUGCACAAUUCCAGAUAUUGAAGAACUGGGUCGCGUUGGACAACUAGAAACGGCUUGCCCAUACUAUAUGUCAAAGGAGUUGGCGAAAAGAGCGGAUAUUGUCUUCAUGCCAUAUAAUUAUCUACUUGAUCCGAAAAUACGUUUUGCCAAUAAAAUUGACCUGAAAAAUGCAAUUGUCAUCUUUGAUGAGUCACACAACGUCGAAAAUAUGUGUGAAGAGUCUGCCUCCACGAUAAUUACAUCCACAACAAUCGCUAUCGCUAUUCGAGAUAUAAAAUAUAUUAUUGAGAACGGACUACAAGUAGAAAAUAUGGUUGAAAAGGAUAAAGCCGCAUUGGCUGAAUUGAUUCAAAAGCUGGAAACUGAAAUAUUCAAAAUUCAAAUGAAAAGUGGCUCAAUUGGAGGAGAUUCCUACGAUGGCAAUUUCAUUUUUGAGUUGUUGAAAAAAGUUCAAAUAAAUGAAAGCAACCAUGAAACGAUUCUUGACCAUUUGCACGGUCUAAUCGGUACUUUGGUAAAUGCGUCGAGAAAUCAGAUUUUGGUUACAGAAAGUGGAUAUGUUUCACAGAAAUGUCCGAGCGGCAUUGGUUUACGAGCACUGUCAAGUUUUUUGCGAGUCGUUUUCUCAAGUUCGGCUCCACACCUACGCGAUCGUGUCAUUCGAUGCUACAAAAUUUACAUUGAACGUGAACCGGACAAAAAGACAACUGUAUAUGGCGUGACCACUGUUGAGAAAGCACAUCCAAAAGCCAAAAUCAUAAAUGUUUGGUGCUUUAGUGCUGCAUUUGGGAUGCAAUAUUUACUGCAGCAAAAUCUCCGAAGUCUGAUUUUCACCAGUGGCACUUUGGCUCCAUUGAAACCACUAAUAACUGAGAUGGAAAUUCCGAAUCCCGUCCAGUUGGUAAAUCCGCACAUUUUGAGACCAUUCCAAGUAUCUGUGAAAAUUGUGAGCUGUGGCCCAGACAAUGAAAUGCUCAAGUCCAACUAUGAUAAUAGGGAGAACGAGGCUUACUUACGUUCGCUUGGCAGAACAAUAGUGGAAUUUUCGAAAGUGGUUCCCGAUGGCCUUUUAAUAUUUUUUCCGUCAUACAAAGUUAUGAAUAUUUGCAAAGAAUUUUGGCAAAGCAACGAUGAUAUGUGGUCAUCCAUCAACAAACAAAAACGGAUUUUUGAAGAACCUCGAGAAGGGCCAAAAGAAGAAUUUGUAGCCACAAUGAAAGACUAUUACGCGACGAUCAAUGAACCUAAUAGCAAUGGAGCUAUUUUCAUGGCUGUGAUGAGAGGCAAGGUGAGCGAGGGCUUGGAUUUUGCCGAUAUGUAUGGUCGAGCUGUCAUUGUAACUGGCAUCCCAUUUGCCCCAUGCAAUGAUCCAAAGAUUAGGUUGAAGAAAAAGUACUUGGACGAUACGCGUAGGCAAGACAAGGAAAUGAUGUCGGGGGAUGAAUGGUAUAACCUGAGCGCAUCAAGAGCCAUCAAUCAGGCUAUCGGUAGAGUUAUUCGACACAAAGACGAUUAUGGUGCAAUUUUGCUUUGUGAUAAUCGAUUCUAUACGAACUCGAACCAGAAAAAUAUAUCUGGUUGGCUUAAGGUCCACCUGGAGAAAUCGUAUCCAGCGUUCAAUUCAAUGAUUAGCGAUUUAGGACGAUUUUAUGAAAACGCUAAAAAUUCGUUGCCCAAACCAAAGCCAAGAGUACCAGAGAUCGUGGACUUUGAAGACGAUCCUUCAGUUCUCGAUGAAUUGACCGAUGCCAAAACAACAGGUUUAACCACAAUGGGUGGGAAAUAUGACGACGGUCCUAUUCCAAGAACACCUUUUAAGAGCUUUGGCGAAUCAAGUCGUGAUACCGACCAAUCAGAAUUGGAACGGAAAAGACGCAAGCUAGUGAUUGAUUCAAAUGAGAGCAACGAUAUGACGAUGACAUGCUGAAAAUCCCUGUUCUGAAAUUGGUGAUACCGUCUGUGGAUAAGGCAAUAAAGACGAUUUGGAAAAGAUAUCACCGAAUUUUCUCAACGGAGACAAUGAUUUGCUUCAAUUUCUCAUUUUUUUCAACAUACAAACCGAAAUGACUAUAGAUCAUAUAUGAUCUCAUAGAUAUUAAGCAGACCAACUUUUAUAGCCCAUACAUUUUCAUUCAAAAACAUUUUCAUCAUUUUUUUUCAUAAAUUAGAACGGACUUACUUCGUUACCUAUUUACUUGCUGAAAUUUUAUUCAGAAAAUCAUUUUUUUAUACUUUUUCAAAUCAAUUUUAGCUAUUUUCAUGCUUACCAGCAUUUUGAAUGGCACUGUCAAUGAACUGAUGCAUGUCAAAGUAUUUUAUAACUUGAUUCUUUACAUCAAUUUUUUUAUAAAUAAAAAAAUCAUAGUUAUGGUUAAGAUAUUUCAUCUUAAAAUGUACGUCAUUUGGUUUAAUCUCAACUGAAACGAUCUAUCUAAUCGGCUAUCGAAACGAUUGAAAUGAAAGACAAUUGCAAUUUUAGUUAAAAUAGUUUCGAUAUAUAUAUAUAUAUAUUUGUUCUAGUAAACAUGAAUAGUCAGUAGUCACUCGUUUUUCUACAAUAUCACUUAUCCAAUCUAGUACAGGUUUUUUUAUUCCCAUUAAAUAGUCUGCACACUCUUUUCCUACGGCUUAAUUAGUUCGUAAAUUCAAUAAAUUGCUAGUCAAUCUCUUGCGCAUGUUA